AUGGCGACCUCUGGAGAAGGCAGCCAGCCCAGUGGCACAGCAACACCCAGGCCACUGGCACAGCUGCAGGAGCUCGAACCUCGGGUAGCCCGCAGACGCCUGUCCCAGGCCCGCCAUAGGGCCACCCUGGCAGGGCUCUUCACCAACCUAAGGAAGACUGUUUACUCCCAGUCUGAGCUCACAGCCUCGAAGUGGCAGGUUCUGAAUAAGGCGAAGAAUCACAUUCAGGAACUGGAACAAACCCUGGACAACUUGCUGAAAAUGAAAGAAUCCUUCAAUCUGGAGGAUGGGAAUGCAAGCAGCUUAGAGGAAGUCAAGGAAGAAUAUGCCAGAAUGUACUCUGGAAAUGACAGUCUGGUCUCAAAUAGUUUUCCUCAGAAUGGCUCCUCCACCUGGUGCCCAGUUGAAUCAGUCAGAAAGGAUGCUGAGGAAGAAGAAAAUGAGGAAGAGGAAGAGGAAGACCAAGAAGAGGAGGAAGAAGAGGAAGAGGAGAAAAAAAUUGAUCUCUUACAUUCCUCUGCCGCUAUGUCGCCAGACCUCCUGGAAUUUGAACGGUAUCUCAACUUUUACAAGCAGACGAUGGACCUCCUGACAGGGAACGGCAUCGUCUCCUCCCAGGAGGUGACUCUCCCCAUCGUCUCUGCGGCCAUCUCCCACCUGUGGCAGACGCUCUCCGAGGAGAGGAAGGCCAUCCUCCUGCAGACCUGGGCGCAGAAGCACGGUGGCCUCCCGGGCCUCGCGGUGGCCUGCCAGGAGCCCGUGGGUGCCGAGGGCAGUGUGAAGGACAGCGGAGUAGACAGCCAGGGGGCCAGCUGCUCGCUCAUGUCCACCCCGGAGGAGCUCCUUUUUGAAGACGCCUUUGAUGUGGCAAGCUUCCUGGACAAAAGUGAGGCUCCCAGUACCUCCAGCCCUAGUUCAUUGUUUGCCAUCUGCAACCCAGAAAACCCAGAGGGGAAGUUUCAGCUCUAUAUGCAGAUCAUUGACUUUUUUAAAGGCCUUUGCUGCAUUAACACUCAGUUAAAACAGGAACCAGACCUUCCCACUGACGAUGAGAUGGUAAUGUUGAGGUGCCUAGAGACCUUUGACGAUGAAGAUUUGUAA